AUGCCCGAGCAACUCAAGGCCAGCGAGGUGAACUCCAAGACGGACCCCUCCGUCGCAAAGCAAUAUGAUGAAGAAACCCCCAAAGACCAGCAAAUCAAAGACUUUUUCCAACUCGUCGACGGAAAGAAGAUUUGCAUGCUAAACACCUUCCGCGACGGCGUCGGUCCCGUAGGACGUUCCAUGGCGCUCGCCCGCCGCGACGGCCCCGACCUCCUCUUCCUCUCCAACACGCACUCCCAAAAAUUCCAGGACCUAGCCCAAAACAACAAAGUCCAAAUCACCAUCCAAGACACAAAGUCUCAAGACUGGGCUUCCAUCACCGGCACCGCAACUACCUGCUCGAACAGCGACCCCCGCAUCAAAGAAGUCUGGAGCCGCGGUGCGUCGGCGUGGUUUGGCGAUUUGGGCGAUGGUGUGCAUGAUGGUGGACCGCAGGAUCCGAGGAUGGCGCUGAUUGAGGUUAAGAGUGAGUAUGUGGUUUAUUAUCUUGCUGAGACGGGGGCGUUGGGGUAUGUCAAGGAGGUUGUGGUUGCGAAUGUCAUGGGGGGUGUUGCGAAGACGGGGGUUUUGAGGGAGAUUAAGGGUGGGGAGCUUGAGAGGGCUAGGUCUAUGUGA